UAAUGAAGAAGCAUCCGAUCAACACUGUCACCAGACAACAAUCCGUCUUUCUAACGGUCGGAUGUUUUACGGUCUUGGUGUCGGUUACCAUACAGCGUGGCACUGACAACUUCUGUAAUACCUGGGCCACCGUCGACUCUUACCGUUCCAGUUACCGGACGAAUUUGCUGAUCAUACCCAACCGUCUGCAGGCCUAUCCCCCGCACACCUGCACACGAAUUCCGGUCAUACCAAGACGUAGCUUUGAAAUUCACCUGCAGCAGUGACACCUGUACCAGGUGCAGUGAUGAGGGCGUGCCUUUCCAACAGAAGCCUCUCGGUAGUGACGUACCUACUCCUGCUCAUCUGUUGCCAUGGUAAUGCGAGGGAUAUCCAUGUGGGCGUUGUGCACAGAGGAAACCAGGAAUGCCACCUUGCCGAAGUGACAUCUAGCGCUCAGGAGCUGAACAGCAGUCAGGAUAGCGGUGCCAACAUCUCUGUAGUUUCCGUGGAAAUGAACGACAGCGCCUGCGCACUAGACCAAGCCAUACAGCAGCACUCCCUCCAAGCACUUAUCCUGCUGGCCCCCCUCCCAUCCCCAUGUUUCUGCGGAGGUUCGGAAAGACCACCUCUGCCACCGAUAGCCGUGCGCACCUACCACCCCGCGCCGGCCGAACCAGCUCUCCGAUCCAGGGUACUGGACAUGUUCCCGUCCCCAGAGCACCUGGCAACUAUGUUGUUUGACGUCAUGGAGGCUUACGGCUGGAAAUCAGCCUAUGUGCUAUAUAACAAGAGGUCGGAGUUCUAUCAAAGCAUUGAAACCGUGGAAAACAUCGUAACAACGAAGCGGUGGCACGCGUGGUUCCGGGAAGUUCCCGCCAAGGUCACCAGCCAGGCGGACAGAGACUCUCUUGACGCCAUCUUGUCUGACGUCAAAACAUCCGGUAGGAUCCACAUCGUGAUGAUGACUGAUGAUGACGUCAUUGACGCCAUAUUAGAACAGGCUUUCCACAGAAUGCUGCUGACGGCACAAAGUCACUGGAUCAUCACCAGCUUUGAUGUCAGUAAGAAGCAACUGGACAGUUUUCGCCACAGUGGAGCACGGUUUACGUUACUUCGACAGUUUCCCGAAAGUGCCAUAGAAAACGCCCCAACUUGGAAUGAGCUGACGCUGACCAGUGGGAACCAGUCUACACCGCAUCUGAACCGAUUGGUGUCAGACCCGUUAGAUCCGGACUGGACAGGUGAAGAACCAUCUGCAACGGAACUAGACCGGUUCGAGUCGGCCACGACUGGUCAAAACCUGUCCGGACAGGGCCGAUGUAGGGAUUCAUUGUCCAGCACAGCACAACUCGCUCGCGAUUCCCUGGUCGUCCUGGUGAAUCUGCUAUCCUCCGAAGAAGGGCAAGAAACCAAGCGACCAUCUGACGCCUGGCGGGGACAGGAAAACUGCAGCCAACUAAACCAAAGUUCAACGAUAACGUUCCGUGGCGCCAGUGGGGAUGUGUCGUUUGACGGCUGUGGCAGAAGAACUGACUUCGACAUCUACAUACACGAGUACAGCAAUGGCCAAGAGGAAAAGGUAGGCUUCUGGACGACAGAUGGCGUUGUUGAUAUGAACUCCACCAUUAGUUACGUGGAAAUGAACAGACUGCUAGGAGGACGGCACCUGCAGGUCUAUGGGAGAGUGAGCAAACCCUGGAUCAUGGAGAGGAAACACGCGGACGCGGAGGGCCUGAGCGGACGGGACCGGUACGAGGGCUUCAUGCUGGACCUGACGGACAUGCUGGCGGCCCGCUUAAACUUCACCUGGAACCUGACCAUGGGUCUGAGUUACAGAGAUGCAAUUACAUCGGGAAAGUACGACCUGGUGCUGUUCCCGACGUCCAUGCGCUCCUACCGCAUGAAAACCAUGCAGCUCUCCAUCCCUCUGCGCACGCGCGGUUACUUCCUGACCAUGAGAAAGUCGGACCGUCGUCUUCCGGGCAUGUUCCAGUUCAUGGCACCGUUCUCUAAGAAGGUGUGGCUGUGUUUUGUGGCCGCCAUCGUGUCCGUUAGUCUGGUGCUGGCCGUCAACAACCGUUUCAACCCGAACGAGUGGGGCAUUGCGGCUGCGCGAGGCGCGGUGGCCCAGGAUCAAGCCGACAACCUCAACCUCCCCAACAGCCUCUGGUCGACGUGGGGCGCGGCUGUGGGCCAGGGCCCGGAGUUCCUACCCAGGUCGUACGCGGGGAGGGUGGCCGCCGGAACCUGGUGGUUCUUCGUGCUUGUCGCUAUAGCAUCUUACACAGCCAACUUGGCCGCCUUCCUGUCUCAGUCCACCGCUCAGCAGGAAAUCAAGACACUGGUGGACCUAGCAGAACAGACGGACGUUCCUUACGGGACCGCCAAGGGUUACAGCAUAGUGGAUUUUUUCCAAAACUCACCAGAAGAACCAUUCAAGACCAUCGGAAAGUACCUCACGGACAAUGCUGAUGAGGUUCUGACGCGCGAGUCCCGUGAGGCCAUGGACCGGGCUAUUGAGGGUGACUACAUCUUCAUCUCCCCCACCACCUACGAGUACGAGAUCCUCAAGGAGCGGUGCGACAUGGUCAUCCUCACCGCCGACUACUUCUUCAAGUUUCAGGUCGCACUUCCGUUUCCGCUCGAGUCACCAUACGUGUCAGAGGUCAACCUGGCCAUGAUGAAGAUGGCGCAGGAUGGGGAGAUGGACGUCCUUGAAAACAGGUGGUUCAACAAGAAGAAGGAACACUGCAAGUCAGACGCGGCCGAGACGACAGGCGUCUUGGGAAUGGACAACUUUGGUGGGCUCUUCUACUUCCUGGUGAUGGGGAUGGCCGGCGCCAUGGUCGUGUUUUUCGUGGAGUGGAUCUGGUUCAUGUUUAAACGUCCAGACGACGGCUCAAUCUCUGCGUAUCCAGAGCCCACUAAGAACAACAAAAAUAACAACACAGCUGUUGUGUAAGGUCGGAAAAUAUCAAGGAAUGAAAAGAUUGUUUUCCACUGUUCGACAUUUGUCACCGUUUGCUCUACUUUGGGAUCUUUGUCGUCAAGAGGACAUUCCUAUGGUUAAUUUCAAGUCAAGGAACGAUACCGCCUCCUUGCGAUCUGACCAUGAGUUUCAGGAGUUGUUCAUCUGAGGCCAUGAGAUGAUCACGACAGUGUGUGGAAAAUGUUAGACUAUACUCCCUGUUUAGCUGUUUGGUGUUUAGACUAGUCCGGGAAAGACAAUUGAAUUCAGGGCGUUGUGACAAAACAGUUUCAUAUCAGACUGUAAAUCAUCAGCCUUUACGAGUACGUGUACAUUACUUUCUGGAUCCGUGUCAUGUACCCGAAUAUAUUGUUAUGAUAUCUAAGAUGAUGACAGUGUAAAUGUUCAUGUAGAGAUUGCAAUCUGACAGAAUCACGGGGUCAUAUUCCGUCAUGACACUUUGUAGUCUAUAUCCUAGUGCUCGUAACAUGCUCUCUAAGCAGAGGUGAUGCUCCGGUUGUUAAGUGACGUUUCUUUAGCCUUAGGCGUUUUUAUCAGGCUUUCUAUUUUGUACCGUUUUGUUGAUGUCUCGCGCCGCAGCUUAAACCUCUGCUUGGAGAGUACUCAAAACUGUCACUUUGUUGAAUUAAGAGGUCCCAUUAACUCAGGUUUGCUUCUUGCUAGUUUUGACAUUUUCACGUUCAUUGUCAGAAAGAAUUAUUUUGUGAAUUGCCUAGUGUCGUAGAAUGUUUGAAGGUGAACUCAAAUCCGCUCUGUAGUCGUUGUAAGCCAACUGACCAUUGUGAGUAUGUCCAUCUAAUUCUUUAGACUUGCUGAUCAGUUUUUCAAGAGGUAUAUAUUAAACCUGAAUAUUCAUAUAGCUUGCACACCUUGGACUAGCCCUGCAGACUCUUAAUGGGUGGACAGCAGAACAUGUAAAAGACAGACUGUAGAAACGUCCACUUAUACAGAGUCUCCAUGGCUAACCUGGGACAUAUACAUGUACAUGUGCGCUAUUGUAACCAUAUACAUAUAGUAUAUGACUGUGUGUUUCAACUUUCCGGGCGUGUGAUAUGUAUAUGUAUUAUAAUGAAACGAAAAGAUGUGCAAUAUAUAGAUUGUUGAUUAUGGGAAUGGGAAUGAGUAGUAACCCCCAACCCUAGUUACAAUGUAUGUCUACAUUUAAAGGGACGAGGCAGUAACGAUCGUGGGUGGGUCAAGUGAGGCUGUGUAAAUUUGUGACUAUUGUUUUGCGUUUUCUUUUCGCAGACCUAUCAGUACAUUGUCAUCCAUAUAUGACCCAACCGCUUGUACGCACAAGUUAAAGAAAAUUAACUGUUGAUAUCGAUUAGAAAGUAGAUUUUGAGGAGGAAGCUAUAGCCUGGGACACUAGUAGUACUAUAGUACUAUUCUACCUAUCAAUUUGGGAAUGUCUUUUCUCGAUUCAACGCACCUCAUCUUAAACCUAAGUGUAUAGCUACAAUGUAUUAAUUAGUGAUUAAAUUACAAACAUUCCUAUCAAACAUUCUUAUCAAAUCACAUCUCCAAACAAUAAAAGUGAACCUCACAAUCAUCAAUGAAUUUCUAUUUCUUGUACGAAAGAAUCGCGAAAUCAUAAAUCACUAGUGAUUGACGUCAGUACCCACGUUAACGGUACCGUAUCAAGGAGAGGGUUUCUGAAUUCCAGAUGGUCUAUCUUGGUGUUAUCAUUAAUUGAAAAUCUUAAGAUACAAAACUACAAUACAAAUCUGGAGCUCGUCACUGAUAGAUUGAUAAUUCUCUAGCUAAGACAGAAGUCAUCAUAGGUCACAAGCAGAUGUUGGGGUAAAAGAUCGUCAUAUUUUCUGAGUAACGACCGAGCUUCCUUUUCCACAUAAAAAGUAGGUGAACAGUUGAG